AUGUCUAGCGUGGCGAAGAAAGACAAGCCGACAAUGUCAGUGACUGCGCUGAUCAACUGGGCGCGGCCGGCACCCCCAGGCCCGCAGCAGCCGCCGCCUGCGGCGCCUGCGCCCACUGCUAAUAUGCUGCAGUCUCACGGUCCUCCUUCGAAUAUGUCAACAGUUGACUGCUCUAUCGACAUGCAAUGGCUGAACAUCGAGGCGGGGUUUAUGUCGCCAAUGUCUCCGCCGGAGAUGAAACCGGACACGGCAAUGCUAGACGGCAUGCGUGACGACGCCACCUCCCCUCCUUCUAUGAGGAACUUCCCUCCCAAUCAUCCGCUCAGCGGUUCCAAACAUCUCUGCUCUAUAUGUGGCGAUAGAGCUUCAGGAAAACAUUAUGGAGUGUAUAGUUGCGAAGGUUGUAAGGGUUUCUUUAAACGGACUGUACGAAAAGACCUUACUUAUGCAUGUCGCGAAGAAAGGAAUUGUAUAAUCGACAAGCGUCAGAGAAACCGUUGUCAAUAUUGCCGCUAUCAAAAAUGUCUCGCAUGCGGGAUGAAGCGAGAGGCGGUGCAGGAGGAACGGCAAAGGGCCGCACGAGGCGCGGAGGACGCGCACCCCAGCAGCUCAGUCCAGGAGCUGUCAAUCGAACGACUUUUAGAAAUAGAGUCCCUUGUGGCGGAUCCAUCUGAAGAGUUUCAAUUCUUGCGUGUGGGACCUGACACCAACGUGCCGCCGCGGUACCGUGCGCCCGUCUCUAGCCUAUGUCAGAUAGGAAAUAAGCAGAUCGCGGCACUGGUAGUGUGGGCGCGCGACAUCCCACAUUUCAGCCAGCUGCUGCUGGAGGACCAGGUGCUGCUCAUCAAAAGCAGCUGGAACGAACUCCUACUGUUUGCCAUCGCUUGGCGCUCAAUAGAAUAUUUGGAAGACGAGCGAGAGAACAUGGACGGCACGCGCAGCGCUGCGCCCCCGCAGCUCAUGUGCCUUAUGCCUGGCAUGACGCUGCACCGCAACAGCGCGCUGCAGGCGGGCGUGGGGCAGAUCUUCGACCGCGUGCUGUCCGAGCUGUCGCUGAAGAUGCGCGCGCUGCGCAUGGACCAGGCCGAGUACGUCGCGCUCAAGGCCAUCGUGCUGCUCAACCCCGAUGUCAAAGGACUGAAGAACCGUCAAGACGUCGACGUCCUAAGGGAGAAGAUGUUCUCCUGCUUGGAUGAGUAUUGUAGACGAGUGCACAGCUCGGAGGAGGGCAGAUUCGCUUCCCUACUGCUGCGACUACCCGCACUACGCUCUAUAUCCCUGAAAGGGUUCGAACAUUUAUACUUCUUCCACCUCAUCGCGGAAGGAAAUAUCAGUAAAUACAUACAAGAAGCGUUGCGUAAUCACGCGCCGCCCAUUGACACCAACUCUAUCAUC